GGCAGCAGUCUGUUUACCACGACUGAGCUCCAUCCUCCGUCGGAUCCAUGGGACAUAAAUAUAUGCCUUAGCUAGCUCUAUCCGCACGCUCUGCUCCUUUCCCUCCAUCAUUCCAUCCUCAUUCACUUCCUGCCCUUAUCCCAUCUACUCCCCAAUCCAAUCCAAUCCAAUCCAAUCACAAUGAAGCUCUCCCUGGCCUUCCUCACCGCGGCCCUCACGGCCAGCACGGCCCUCGCCGCCGCCGUUAACAACGACCAUCCUCUGAUCAAGAAGGACAUGGCCGCCGCCGCCCCUUCGGGCACUACCAGCGCCGUCGCUCUGGCCAGUCCCUCUGCGGCCGCGACCGAGCAAUACGGGACCGCCCAGCUCGCCGAUGAGAGCGACGGGGACGACCAGGGCGGUGACGACCAAGGCGGGGAUGACGAGGGAGCCGAUGGUGGUGACAAGGGCCCUGAUGCCGGUGCUGAUCAAGAUUCCUCCAGCCCGCUUGACUUUGGUGAUGCUUGGGGGAGUAGCUUUCGGGGAUUUUGGGAUUGUUGGGUUCUUUGGUGA